UUAUCUAGCUAAAUUUAAAACAAAUUUUUUGUGCCUUAUCAAUGUCUACUCAAGAUAAAGGAAACAAAGAUUGUUCAAACUCAAAUCCAGAUGGGGAUCUAAAUACAGCACAGCCUGUUUCUGAUGACGAAUCAUCUGGCGAUAAUACAAAUGGGAGUGUGUUCAACUUAUGCUCCCACUAUAGAAUUCCACAGGAUGGUUUUACAUUGAGGGGUUCAUCAUCGUCUACCCGCCUAGGUCGAUUUUCACGUACAAGGGUAUUUUCGCCAAACUCGCGAGAGAAUAGAAAUCUUCAGUCCACAGGGCAUGUUAUGGUCCAUCAUAGUGGAUCAUCAAAGGAUAUGGAAAAAUCUGUCCCUAGCCAACGGUCAGAUUCGUUGCCGGGUGGAAGUUCUGAAGAUGAUUUACCUUUACAUGAUGCCAAAAAUCAUCAUGAGGAUGCGAAAAAUGAAUCAUCCUUGACUGACAGGGUUUUAUUAAGACAGGAAAAUGAAAAUUCAGUUCAAGAGAAUGAAAAUAAAUUGAUGAAGGCGACUGGUAAUUGUGAAGACAAUGCGUUCAAUUCAGACCAGAAAAAAAAUCCAGAAAAUGUUGCUGAACAACUUGAAUCGGGUCGAAUGGCAAAUACAGAGGUGAAAACUAGAAUAGAGAUUCCUGCUCGUGAGAAUGAAAGGCUUCCAAAUAGGUUGGAACCUGUGGACUUGCUCCCAAGUUCAGAAACAUUUUACAUUUCUGGUGGAAAGGCAGAGGGACGUUUAGAAAUGCGAGACACUCAAAGGCGUGGAUCUAAAGUAUUUGUUAUUAAAGACAAAGAGAGCAGAGUUGAAGACAGCCUGGACAGAUUGCCAGCGAAUGAAGGUUCGUGUGAUGAACCUCCCAGAAGCAAGGUAUUUUGUGCAGGUCACGAAAAUACAGACGUUACAGCUAGCAAGUCGUUCUAUAGCUCAAAUCUUGCGGUGAUGACUGUAACAGUGGCUACAAGUGAACAAGAUGAGAGAAUAAAUGAACGAGAUGUCUGUUGUCGAAAAAAUCGUGCUUCAGAGACAGCCAAUGAAAAUGAAGUGAUUUGCCCAGAUGUCAACAAUAGAAAUGCACGCUAUCGAGGAUUAAUUCCACCAAAACUCAAAACAGGUGAAGAAGCCACGAUUGAAACUGAACCGAAGCCUCCAGAUUCUCAAGAUCUUGAUACCGGUCCUGAUCAAUAUGAUGCUGAAAUACCUACAAACAAAGACAGCACUGAUGGAAAACGAAACAUAUGGAAUUCUAUGGAAACACUAAAAGGCUGCAAUGUUGAUAAAACGAUCAUCUAUGAUAGAUUGAAAAUACAAGAAAAAGGAAAUGAAAAAAAAGAUAUGUUCCCUCCCCCUCUGAACCCAAAUAUUGGUUCUGUAGCCCAGUCCAACAUUGCACCAGGCAUCCGUGGUUAUCUGGAAAGGUACGAGACAUACUUUGAUAUACCAAUCUACAAGAGAUGUCCUUCUCUACAUUUGGAGCAAUUGGCCAGGAUUGGUUUCAAAUUCAUUAAACCAGACCCCGGGCAGGCAGGACGCAUUAUAUGCACAGAUUGUGGAAAACUACAUUCAUUCACAGACAUUAUACGCAGAUCUCCAAAAAACUUCGUUUGGCAUGAAAAUGGUUGCUCGUUCGAGAACAAACGUUUUCCUUGUGAUCAUUGUGAGAACUUAAACGUGCACGAACAAGAUUGGGAAUGGUGCAACAAGUGUGGACAAGAUAUCCUACCGGUCAAAGCUUUCUCAGAAUUGGAGCAACAUCUUCAAAUGAUCCCUGAGCAGCAAGCGCAACAAAACCACGCCUUCAUAUCUUGCUUGGUUUGCAACCAGGAUGUUGAUUCACGACAGAAUGUAGAUACCUGCACUGUAUGCGGCGGUCCUUUAUGCAUCUGCUACGGUUACCACAACCAUUAGGAAGGAUAUGCCUCGUAAUUGUAAAUAAGCAUACCUCCGCUAUAAAACUGAAAUAAUCACAUUUUUCAAAAAGAGACUCUUUUUUCAAUAUUCUGUCAUUAUAGAACAGGGCCGCACAUCUUUUGGUCUGGGUUUCAAUGCUAUACCUUAUUUCGUUUUGAUUUUUGGUAGUGCCUUAUGUCCGUUUUUAGUUUUGCUGUACAUUUCUGAAAAUUACAAAAAUGUGAUUCCAUCUAAACUUUAAAAUGUGACAUAAGCUGGUCUGGUUUCACUACUUCAAAGACAUAGAGAGAGAGAAAUUAAAUUGAACGUCAGUCACACACGCUCACUCAGAAAUAAAGACAGAUUUCUGAUCGACGUUACGGAUGAUCGACAAAGUUGAAUUGAGACUAUAAUGAGUUAAAACAGGAAAAGCUAUGUAUAGAUAUGAGUGAAUGCGUGUGACCUUGUAAGCAAAUUUUCCCAGGAAAAAAUCUUCAAAACUUUCUAAUCAGAGAGUUAAUCCUAUAAAUUUUUACCCCAUGGAUGGAAUAAUGUCAUUUUGAACUAUGUGCUUCUUAUUUUUUUGCUAUUAUUCUUGCUAGUUACUGUGUAUAUCUUGCUUUGCUUCAAGCUCGUAUAUUCGCAUAUAAUGCUAUUAUUUUUAUGCAUGUUUUGCAUUGGUGCUCACAUUUAUUUUCAAUUUGCCUUCUUUUAGAACAAACAGAGGUUCUCAAACUUACAUGAUCUGUACCCCUUCUCUUCUACUGAAAUAUCCUGUGAAGGCCUUCCCCCAGGCUCCCCUAGGACUAUACCCUCCAUGGCUUUCUCGGUAAGCGGAGGGCCCAGUUUGAGACGAUUCUAAAACUUGGU